AGCAGUCUGGCGCAAAGUUUGGUUCAAAGUUUUCUCGGCUUGAAUGAAAUUGCAACUGAAUUUGUAUUAGGACAGUCAUCCGCAUCCUACCCAGAGGGAAGAUGUGUAAAGAUAUCCCCUUCUGUUUUUUUCCUUUUCCCUGAAAACCAAAGAUUUUUGCUCAACUGCUUUUAAGUAAUGUAUGGUGAGCGAAAUUGUUCAGGGUAUUUUUCUUGGGUAUCUUGACCCCUUCCUUUAUUGCAAGCUGAAAGCUUGUAGAAUCAAGAACAUAGAAACCAACAGCUCACACUAGCUUCUGUUGCUGCCUUAAAAGUAGAGAAGAAACUGGAUCCCUUAGCAAAACAGCUAAAAAUAACUCCACUUUCCAUGUAAGCAAUUGUUUUAGUUGCUUCAGGGUUGUUGCAUAGUUUGACAAAUGGGAGGGAUGAUGACUUCAGAGCAUUUGAACAUGCAUCAAUAAAGUUUGGAAACCCAUCACAUAAGUUAUUAAGCUAAUAUCUUCUUGUUUUUUUCCCAGCAGACGUUCCUGUUGGCGUUGGGAAUAAACUGCCAACACACUUAGAGCUGAAAAUCUAUUGUUUUGCUGCUUUAACUCUUAGGUUUGGCACGAUAUACUGUAUGCACGUUAGGUCCAACUUUAGCUAUUUACAAAAAAGACCAAUACAUCUCCAUAGUAUUCUCUGAAUGGACAGGUUUCCUAGAUUUAAAAGAAAGGCUGAUUCAGAGUACCCUUCCAAAAUGGCUGCUCUUAAGGAAGAAAGAGAUGUUGAAGACUACAAGAGGAAAGGAAGACGAUCCUCCCAGGGCCACGAGCCUAAAGAGCCAGAGCAGUUGAGAAAGCUGUUCAUUGGAGGUCUGAGUUUUGAAACAACAGAUGAUAGCUUGAGAGAGCACUUCGAAAAAUGGGGCACACUCACGGAUUGUGUGGUGAUGAGAGACCCACAGACAAAACGUUCCAGAGGCUUCGGCUUUGUGACUUACUCUUGUGUGGAAGAGGUAGAUGCUGCAAUGAGUGCUCGACCACAUAAAGUUGAUGGACGGGUGGUUGAACCAAAGAGAGCAGUUUCAAGGGAGGAUUCUGUAAAGCCUGGGGCACAUCUCACAGUAAAGAAAAUAUUUGUUGGUGGAAUUAAAGAAGAUACGGAAGAGUAUAAUUUAAGGGAAUACUUUGAAAAAUAUGGCAAGAUUGAAACUAUAGAAGUCAUGGAAGACAGGCAAAGCGGAAAGAAAAGAGGCUUUGCUUUUGUAACUUUUGAUGAUCAUGAUACAGUUGAUAAAAUUGUUGUUCAGAAAUAUCAUACUAUAAAUGGACAUAAUUGUGAAGUGAAAAAAGCACUGUCAAAACAAGAGAUGCAGACUGCUAGCUCUCAGAGAGGUCGUGGGGGUGGCUCAGGCAACUUCAUGGGUCGUGGAAACUUUGGAGGUGGUGGUGGAAACUUUGGCCGAGGAGGAAACUUCGGUGGAAGAGGAAAACAAUCUCAUCUGUUUUGUGUUCCAGGAGGCUAUGGGGGUGGUGGUGGCGGUGGUGGGAGCAGAGGAAGCUUUGGGGGUGGUGACGGAUACAAUGGAUUUGGUGAUGGUGGCAACUAUGGAGGUGGUCCUGGCUAUGGCAGCAGAGGAGGAUACGGUGGUGGCGGAGGACCAGGAUAUGGAAACCCAGGUGGUGGAUAUGGAGGUGGAGGAGGAGGAUAUGAUGGCUACAAUGAAGGAGGAAAUUUUGGUGGUGGUAAUUACGGUGGCAGUGGAAACUACAAUGAUUUUGGCAAUUACAGUGGACAGCAACAAUCUAACUAUGGUCCCAUGAAAGGUGGUGGCAGCUUUGGUGGCCGAAGUUCGGGCAGUCCCUAUGGUGGUGGUUAUGGAUCUGGGAGUGGAAGUGGGGGCUAUGGUGGUAGAAGAUUUUAAAAAUGCUACCGAAAAAGGGUUGAAUGAGAAGCUGCUGAUUGACAAAAUGGGGAAUGUCUUGCACAUCCUCUUCAAUUGGAGGUUUCUGACUGGGUAAGAUUUGUAGUGCUUAGUAAAACACUUGUUUAACCCUUGUUUCCUUCUAGGCUUUCCUUUACCAGCCUCUUUAACAUCAAGGAAAGCCUUAAGUAUUAAGCAAGUAUUGAAGCAUAUGUCACCCAGUAAUUCCUGGUCUGAAUCAGGCUUGUUUGCUGAUACAAUCUGUGUUCAAGAAUCUUGCAUUCCUGACAGGUACAAAGUUGCUGUGUGUCUGAGAUUAACAAAAUAGAAAUACGUGCUUUGAAAUAAAUGCUGUAGUUACACUGAGGAGUGUACAGUCAGUUUUUGAGAAGUUGUUCAUUAACUUGUAAUAAAGAUGGAAGUCUUUUUUUUUAAAAAAAAAAAAAAAAAGCCUGACAUUAAAAGGUUAAGACUCUUCAGCUCUUCUUCAUGCUUCACAGGAGUGUGUAAUGUAGUGAUUCUGCAAUAAUUCAGUAAAAAACAUCUUGCACUGAUUCGAACAGUGAUUUGUCCAAUAACAAAUGAAUCUUGGCUUGCCAAGUGAUUCCCUUUCAGGUUUCUGGUGCUUUCAGGGUGGGUUAGCACAGGCUAAUACUGUAAAGUGAUACCUAGCUGAAAGCUGAACUUUUCAAUUGGAUGACUAGCAAUAAAGUAAUUUUUCAUGGAAUCUGCUUUUAUGCACAUGGAUUCUUAACUCUGGAAACAUAUUUUCGUGUUCUGCAUCUUACAGGUUGUUAUGGGUAUAGAAUAUGUUUUUAACUCUUUCUGUCUAGUAGUCUAGUACUUAAACUAUGUUUUUCAGUCUUUGUAGUAUUUUUGUGAAGUCAGUUUCCUUUUUGUGUUGAUUAUGCUUAAGUUACUCUGAAAAUAAAGUCAAAUGGAAUAUGCUUGUGCAUUUCAGUUUAACUUAAGGCUUAGGUAUGUUCAGAGUGAUGCCAGCAUUUAAACUUGUCAUUUGCUAUCUCUAAAACAGCUAGAAAGCAAACUUUUGACACUGCAACAUGUACAAUUAAAAGUUAGCUGAUGUAAUUUACAUUGGCAAGGUAGAGACUAGAGAUAAUUAGGAUGUUCUUAUGAAAUGGAAAUCUCACAGUGACUAUAUAUAUAUUUUUUUUUUAAAGUGACUUUUUCUUAGAUGAGGCUGAGCCAAAAUUAAACUGCUGCAGGGAGGUCACGGUCUUGUCUUAAUACAUUACACUAGAUACCUUAUUUAGGUGACUAGCUUUGCUUUUCCUCUGCAAUGCAGAUACAUAGGGCUAUUGAGAACAUAAACUCUGGCCUAUAAAAAUAUAACUGAGGUUUUUUUAUAGUAGCUGCUAUUGAGAAGAGAGAUGUAAACUUACAGAGCCUUGGUCCCUAAGCUGCAGUUCUACAGAAAUUUAUUCAGUACUUAAAGGUGUUUGUUAACUUGAAAGCAAGUGUUAUUUCUGGUAGUAAAUAUAUCUUUCUCCAAAAGAUGCAGAUCUGAUAAAUGUUUUGCCGUUAGAAAACAUUGAAAUUGAACAAUUAUCUUAACUUGGAUAGCCUUUAAAUAUUGUAAGGUGGGAAGGGGGAUGCUCCUAGCCUUUCAAGUCUUGAUUUUGUGAUAUAUUGACUUGCUAUCUUUGGUUCUUGUAUUUGGGAGAUGAACGUGUAUUGCUAUACUAUCAUCAACACUGCGCUGGAAUAUUAACUUACAUAUCAGUCUGAUCUCUGACAAAUAUUUGUAUUUUAACUUGUGUGGCGCAUGAAAGAUCUUGAAUAUCACUAAACUUCAGAUAUCUGAUGGAUGAUUCUUUUUCUACUGUGGGUGCUACAGGUUGACAUCUCUAUCUAAGAUUAGCUUUUUCCUGAACUAAAGUAAUCCAAGUAUCUCCAUAGAAGAAAAAUGGCCUUCAUGUAGAAGAUAAUAUCGCAAGAUUGGAAACAGAAUAAUAUAUUAAAAUAACUGGCAAAGACUUCAAGAGCAAUGGUGCUAGUGUGGUGAAAUCUUAAUACUUGUGGUUAAACAAGUUUAAAAAUAGCAUGGAUAUUAAGAACUUCAGUAUAGUCCAUAAUGGAUUGAAAUUUGUUAAAAUAUUUCAUUUUUGUAUCAGAAUAAAGUGUAUAUUGUCAAUUGA